AUGACUUCCACGCAGCGUGUUGUCAUCAUUGGCGCCGGGAUUGUUGGUACCAACCUCGCGGAUGAGCUGGUCUCGCGGGGAUGGAACGAUAUCACAGUCGUCGAGCAAGGCCCAUUGCACAUGCCUGGUGGCUCGACGUCACAUGCCCCCGGCCUCGUCUUCCAGACCACCCCUUCCAAGACGAUGACACACUUGGCUCGAUAUACGGUCCAGAAACUUCAAUCGAUUGAGAAAGACGGCCAGGGUUGUUUCAAUCAAGUUGGUGGGCUGGAGGUGGCGACAACCCCUGCAAGGCUCGAGGACCUCAAAAGAAAGCAUGGCUACGCUUCGUCAUGGGGAAUCGAUGCACGUCUCGUCAGUGCCGAGGAGUGCUUUGAAAUGUACCCUCACCUCAAUAAAGACAUGGUUCUCGGCGGCUUGCAUAUCCCUAGCGAUGGUCUAGCGCUCGCAGCCCGCGCCACCCAGCUGCUUAUUGAACGUACUAGCAAAGCCGGUGUCCGUUAUCUCGGCUCUACUCCCGUAACUGGUAUCGAACGUGCAAAUGGCCGGGUGACAGGCGUGACCAUCCCUGGUGGAACCGUUCCUGCAGAUAUAAUCGUUUCCUGUGCUGGAUUCUGGGGUGUUGAGAUUGGCAAGAUGGUUGGUUUGCCGAUCCCUUUGCUGCCUCUCGCGCAUCAGUACGCAAAGACGACUACCGUUCCCGCUCUCGCCGGUCGAGACCUCAACAACAAACCAAACGGUCUGAAUGCAACCCUCCCAAUCCUUCGACACCAGGAUCAGGACCUAUAUUUCCGUGAGCAUGGUGGACAAUACGGAAUCGGCUACUAUGGCCAUCGCCCUAUGCCAGUCGUUGCUUCGUCCUUAGGGCUCACUUCUCAGAAUGUCGACGAGAAGAACAUGCCUUCUCGCCUCGAGUUCACCACAGAAGACUUCGCUCCUGCCUGGACAGAAUCUCAGAAACUCCUCCCCGCUUUACGGAGUACUCAGAUUGAGGAUGGCUUCAAUGGAGUUUUCUCGUUCACCCCCGACGGAGGACCCGUCUUCGGGCAGGCACCCAACCUAGAUGGCUUCUAUGUAGCCGAGGCUGUAUGGGUCACACACUCAGCUGGUGUUGCCCGUGCGCUCGCCGAAGUCCUUACUGAAGGCCGCUCUCAGAUUGAUAUGACUGAGUGUGAGCUCACUCGCUUCGAAGAAAUUCAACUCAGCCGUGACUAUGUCAGCGAAACCUCCCAACAAAACUUCGUCGAGAUCUACGACAUCCUACACCCUUUACAGCCAAAGGAAUCCCCUCGAACACUUCGAACCAGUCCCUUCUAUUCCCGCGAGAAGGAUCUUGGCGCAUAUUUCCUUGAGCUUGGAGGCUGGGAACGUCCAUUUUGGUACGAGGCAAAUGCAGAGCUCCUCAAUUCCCUUCCAGCUGAAUGGAAGCCUGUUGAGAGAGAUUCCUGGUCUUCGCAAUUCUAUUCACCUAUCGUCGCUGCGGAGGCAUGGAAGACACGAAAUGCUGUUGCGAUGUUUGACAUGACGUCUUUCCAUCGAUUUGAAGUUGCGGGUCCUGGGGCUCUUAGACUACUCCAGCGACUGACAACUGGUGACAUUGCCGCAAAUCCAGGCACCAUAUCUUGGGUACUUCUUCUGAACGAUCAAGGUGGUAUCCGCAGUGAUAUAUUUGUGUCAAGACUGGAAGAAAACGUGUUCCAGAUAGGCGCAAAUACUGCUACCGAUUUGGCCUAUAUCUCCCGUGAAGCCCGCCGCCAAGGGCAGUGGGUGCAAGUUCGCGAUAUCACUGGCAGCACUUGUUGCAUCGGCCUUUGGGGACCUCGUGCCCGGGAUGUGAUCAGAACGAUCAGCUCUGACGAUUUCUCCAACAAGGGUCUGCCUUAUCUUGGUGUGAAGAAUGCAAUCAUCAACGGCAUCCCAACAACUGCCUUCCGAAAAUCAUAUGUCGGUGAGCUCGGCUGGGAGAUUCAAACAAGUGCCGAAUAUGGUCAACGGUUAUGGGAUGCUAUCUUCCAAGCAGGCAAGAACCAUGGUCUUGUCGCAGCUGGUCGCGGUGCCUUCAAUGCACUAAGAUUAGAGAAGGGCUACCGAACCUAUGGGACCGACAUGAACACCGAGCAUAACCCAUAUGAAGCAGGUGUCGGGCACAUGAUUCGAGCAAGCAAGUGGGAAGAUUAUGUCGGCAAAUCUGCGGUGGAUCGUCUCUCCAAACAGAGCCCUGUGCGUCGCCUGCGCUGCUUGACUGUCGACGACGGCCGGUCCAUGGCUGUUGGCUACGUGACGAGCUCGGCAUUUGGGUAUACGGUUCGCAAGCCGAUUGCUUAUGCCUGGCUACCUGGGAAUCUAGGCGAAGGGGCAGGGGUUGAAAUUGAGUAUUUUGGCCGACGUAUUGCUGCCACCAUCACGGCUGAGCCACUAUACGAUCCUGACAUGAAGAAGAUGCUGGCUGACGGGGAUUCUAAUGAUACAGAGCUUCAGAAGCCUGUUCGCUCUCGUCUCUAA